AUGAAGUUUGCCUUUAGCCUCCUCGCGCUCGCCCUCCGCGCCAGCGCCGUCCUGGCUUCCGCUGCCCCUGAUGCCAACGCCGAAGCACUCAGCGAGCGCGCCUCUCUGAUCGAAGAGUGCGGCGAGCUCGGUGUCAUGACGGUGCCCGAAGGCGCCGACCCCUCCAAGUACCGCAAGUGCGCCGACCACCCUCUGGGCGAAAACCGCCGUCUCUACGAGACCUCAUACGGCACGCCCGACGCAUCGCUCGUGUCGCGCGCCUUCUCCUCGCCCGACAAAAUCAGAGGUGCUGCAGACAUCUUUGCCCGCAAGGAACAAGCAUGCUACUACGACGCCGGCCUCGGCUGCUCGGGCAACUACUGCUGGAAGGCCUGCGGUAACCCCGGCGACGGAAAGUGGUGCUGGACUGCUGCUGGUGAUGGCGGCGGUGCGUGGCUCCAGUGCGCUACCUUCAACGACUGCAAACAGGAUGCUGCGUGUGGAAAGGGAUGUGUGGCUAGCAAGGCUUGUGGCUGUGGCUGUUAA